CCGUGGGGCACCUUGCGCACAGUACACAAUAAACAUUAAUCUAUAAGAUGAGUUUAAGCCUUGCGCUAAGCUUGCACCGGCACAUAAAACACUCUUCAGUGAUGUCUUCUAACUCGAAUCGCAGCAGAAACGAAAUGAUAUUCACUAAAUGUCAAUUAUCCUACAUCGUAGAAUCACCGUCCGAGAUCUAUAUCAACAGCGCUAUCACAUGUUGUGUUGUAAAUGCUAUUUUACUCAUCAUUGGAUGCAUAUUGAAUUCCUUGGUGGUCGUGAUCUACUCAAUGUCGAAGCAGCUUCGUUCCAACAUGAAAUUCCUUCCAGUUCUGGUGUUAUGCUCUGUGGAUUUAGUCACGGUGACUUUGGUUCAUCCAGUAUUUCUAAUGCAAGCGAUUGCUGAGGUGCUUGGUUCUCCGAAGUGCUUGUACAAGGUUGCCUAUAUGUCGGUACUGUGCAUAUUUCCGUUUAUGUCAGUCGCAACGUUGUUAGCUAUGAAUGUUGAAAGGUAUAUAGCUGUCGUGUGGCCGUUGUGGCACUUGCAAAGCUCAAACAAAGAGAGAAAAUUCAUGUUAGCUUGCGGGUUUGGUUUGCUCCUAUCGGUGGCAAACUUUUCAUGUCGGCUGUACAAACCGCAGUCUUCAAAAGCAUUUACGAUGGGUUUUGGAAUCAUUGUUUCCCUAAUAACGCUUUUCGUUUACAUCUCGAUCUUUUAUGUCGCGCAGAAGCGUUAUUUGAUGAAACGUUCAGAGGAAAUGAUCGGAGAUUUUGCACCAUGUCCUAGAAAUAGAAUGAACUUUAUGCACAACCUAAAAAUAGCAAAGAUAUACUUCCUGGUUGUUAUAUUAUCGUCUAUAUGCCUCCUUCCAGUCAUCGUGGUCACGUUUGCAGUAAAGUAUCCAUUGCAGAAAAGCGAAUCCAGGCGUUUACUUAUUGCACAGGUUUAUAUGUGGACAAAUAUUCUCCUGCCAAUAAACUCUACGCUGAAUUGUCUCGUGUUUUUCUGGGCGAACGCGAGGCUAAGGAAGGAAGCGUGGAAGCUCUGGCGACGGUUGUUGAAAUCCCCCUCAAAUCCGAACGUUUUAACCCAGUAA